AUGUCUUCAGGAGUUUCUGUCAAUCAGGAUUGUGUUACAGUCUUUAAUGAAAUUAAACUAGGACACAAAUUUCGCUAUGUUAUAUAUUCGCUGAAUGAUGACCUAACUCAAUGCACCUAUGAUGAUUUUGUGGAUGAUUUGAAAGAAGCUGAGUCAUCAAGACAGUGUAGAUAUGGAGUAUUUGAUGCACAAUAUCAAUUGAAUGAUGGCCAACAAAGAAACAAAUUGGUCUUUUUCUUAUGGAGUCCAGAAAACGCUACAAUAAAACAAAAGAUGGUCUACACAAGUAGCAAAGUAGCCUUAAGAAAGGGUCUAGUUGGAGUAGGCAAGGAAAUCCAAGCUUGUGAUUACGGUGAUUUGGCUUGGUCAAAUGUCAUGGAAACUCUACUAAGAACGGAAGUGGCUCAAUGA